CCAACAGCCGUCACUGUCGCAACCCACUCCCGGCACCGGACUUUUGCGCGCUGCAAGAUAAAAUUGAGCACGGGAUACGCGCAAAUCGAUAAUUCGAUCAACCCCGCCUUCCUUUAUUGAGGGCAUGUUGCUGAAGCCAACACCACUCCGGCAGUCCUGAGCGCGUUGCAGCAUCGCGCGCGCAUCGUGAAAGAGCACGCUUCAUCACCAUGGCCGCCGCCAACGGCACCCUCACCCCGCCCUCGCUACCAACUGCACCAGAAUCGCCGUCCUUUGCCAAGCGGAAACAUGCCGACACCGCAGUAGUACUUUCCAAUGGCGCAUCAACAGCUGCGCAAAAGGAGGCUCCAAAUGGGACUACGCGUACUCUGCAGGCGGUACUCCAGGACGUGUUGUCGAUCUUGAAGAGCUAUGAUGCACAACCCUCGAUCCUGACGCAUUCCAUCACUGCCUCGCCUACGCGCAGCUCCUCUGGCGAAGCCGACUCCAAACGCGCCAAGCUGGCUCAGUCGAUCGAUCCUGCGACCAUCACCGAUCGAGUCCACAAUGGCUCAUACGACUCCUUGCAGGCGCUGGAGAAAGAUGUCGAGAGCGCGACCACCGAGAUCCUGGCUUCAAUCGGUGGCUCUGACGCACCAGCAACCGUCGAAGAAACAAAGCUGCAGGCAAAGGUGCUCGCUUUUCAGAAGAUCCUCAAAAGCCUUGUAGAGCGCGAGGAUGCUCGAAGAGUGCAGGCCCAGCAGGAGAAGGCAGACAUCGCCGCUACGGCCGAGGCAGUCACACAUGAGAUUGCUUCUGUGCAAGUCAAGGAGGAAGAAGAGGAGGAUGAGAAGGAGCCAACCAGCCGAACUGUUUUGACACUUUUUGGAAGUGCACAGGGCCCGAAGCAGCUUUUCUCGAGCUUACAGCAGCCACAUAAGAUUGCGCCGGCAGAUGGGAUACCUUCUUUCGACACUUCGGUCAAGGUCACCUUGCCCUUGCGAGAGGCUACCCUUCCACAGAACAUCCAGACCACCGAAGUGUUUCCGCUCCUUGAUCAGACAGAUGAGAAGAAGAAGAAAAUCACGACGAUUGGCGAAGUCUUCCGUGCGCCUGCCCACCUCCCCCAGAUUAGCCCUCCAAAGAUUGCAAGACCGACCACAAGUAAGGGGAAUACUAUCACGUUUACGCAUCCAGAACCGACCAAACCCAAGCGCAAGGGAUCUCAGUCGUAUGCGCAUCAGAGUCUGUCUGCUGGGUUCUGGCUAGGAUAUGGAGGGGUUGACGCGCCAAAAGACCAGACAUCACCGACGGCAAGACAAAAGAGCAGACAACGUGCGUUGAGUACUGGCGAAGCUCAGCAACCACCGUCUGAGGCGAUCCUUGUUGCAGUCCAACAAGCCAAGGAGGACGCGUUGUUCCGCAGCGCAUACUCUAGCUUUGCACCAACUCAUGACGACGCAACUGCCAUCAUUCCAGAGGAGACCAAGAACAGGGUUUGGUGGCAGAAAGUCGGCGAGAAGCGCUUCAACGAAGUCUUCCCUAUCGACCCGCAACUACUGGACGCAGAGGAGCUUGCUGAGACCAAGGCUAACGGUACUGUUGGCGAAGAAGACGAUUUCAAGGACGCUGUGGAGAACUACGUUCCAAUCGAAAACAACAUCUUCCUUGAUCCGGAAGAAAAGAGCGAGCACGACAAGGAUACAGACGAGAUACUCAGGGAGGUAUCAGAGCUCAUUGAGACUCUUGCCUCUCAUCAAAGGAUACGCAACUCAUCAUUGACGACAAACCCUCGUACACCAGUUGUGCAAAACUCGUCACUUGCCCAGUUGGUUGGCAGCCCCUCUACGCCGUCGUCGGACGAAAUCGACGUCUAUCAGAUCCUAAAGUCUCAACUAACCUUGAUGAUCUCGCAACUGCCACCAUACGUUGUCGCAAAACUGAAUGGGGAUCAGCUCGAGGAGCUCAACAUCAGUCGGACCAUACUUUUCGACACCAAGGAGUACAAGGGUGUCAUGGAGGAAGACCAAUUAUCUAGGCUCGCAAAGGCACCCGCAGUCGCUGCGGUCCCUCCUCCUCCUCCGCUCACUCGAGCUGGCUCCAGCUCACAGUCCCUUUACCCAGCCAGCAGCACGCAGUAUGGGCGACCACCAUCGUCUGCUCGUCCAGUGCAAGCAGCACCAGCGUAUCACUCACAGCGAUCGUCGUCCAUACAAUACCAACGCUCGCCAUCUGGGCCGACCCAAAGCUAUCAAGCAGGGGCAGGAUCAUACGCUCCUUCUUCGCGGCCAGGCUACGCUGCAACUCCGAGCCACAAUCUACAAACACCCAGACCAGGUGGCCAGUACUACCAACAACGCCCCUCGCAGUCAAGUAGCUAUGGUGGGGCUGCAAGCUCACAGUUCUACCAAGGGACACCGCAAACUCAGGGCCAGAACCGCUAUGCACCUCAGCAGACCCAAAACGGGUACUACCAAAGAUCAGCGAACGUUGCACCCAUGUACGGCACGCCACAGGCCCGCACAGGGUCGCCAAUGAAGCCAGGUGCUGUACCAACACCUUCAGGAUACGGGACGCGACCUGGCUACGCGGCGUCAGGAGGCCAAAUGGCCAGUACGUACUACGGUCCGUCCCAGUACGGCACUCCGCAGGCCCCUGUCACCCGGACAGGCUACACUGGCCUGCCCUCCAGCAAUCCUCAGCAGAUGAUGGUUGACAGGCAACAGGCGCAGGUAGCAGCCCAGUCGCAGGCACGUUUAGCAGCACAAAAUAGCUUCAGCAGCAGGCAGGGCUCUGGUACACCACAGCCGCCAAACGGCUCGUAUGGCGCACCAAACGGCACUUCGAUGUCGACAUGAGGGCUUGCAGGAGUCUACUGAGGUGUUCGGGUAGGGAUGAUUUGGAUACAUAGACGGCGCCACGGCGUUGGAGGUAGUCGGCAAGGGUUGCCGAGUGUUUACAUGUUCUUAGCAUUGAUGUAUGUCAAUGUCAGCUGUUAUCGAGCGUGGCUCACAGCUCUUCCACGA